UUCAAUGCCCAAUUCUGUGAAGGUGGGAAAUAGCCCUUGUACGCCGAGUUAGUAGCUGUCCUAAUGGAAUAACACAUAUAUGAACAAGUACCACAGCGAGAUGAUCUGCCCUUUGUUUUUUGCGUUUUUUGUUUUUCUUUCAACAGAUGCGCAGAGACCCACAUGCCUAAUUGUUGCACCAAAUAUAAUUCAUGCGGGGGUAGAAGAGACUGUGAGCGUGCAGCUUCAUGGAGCAACUAAAGCAACUAGUAUGCAGCUGUACUUUCAAGACCAGAUCUCUCAAAUAAUUGUGUCCGAAAAGAAAUCUAUAACCCUCAACGAUGGCAAUGCAUACCAGGCUUUAGUGAAACUUAAGGUUGAUCGUAGCUUGUAUGGAAGUGCAAAAGUACAAGAUUAUGUUCAACUUGCAGCCAAAAGCAGUGACGUCUUCGUGGGCCAAAACGAUGUAAAAAAAGCCAGCAUUUUUUUGUCAACAAAAAGAGGGUACAUUUUCAUCCAAACAGACAAGCCUAUUUAUAAUCCAGGAGAAACCGUCAAAUACAGAAUCUUCAUCCUAGACAACUACAUGAUGCCCUUAAAGGAUGAAAUCCAUGUUCAAAUAAUUAACUGCAAAGGCUUUAUUGUUUACAAUCAUAUUUUGAUUUCUGACCAAAUUGAAAAAACUAUCACAAUACCAGAAGUAGAGCAGGCAGGUAAAUGGAAAAUCUUCGCGUCAUAUAAUAAGUACCCUGAAUCUACCACAUCAUUGGAGUUUGACGUCAAGGAAUAUGUUUUGCCUACCUUUGAGGUUACCAUUGAGGCUUCACAGCCUUACCAUAUUUUGAAAAGCGAGUCCUUCCCAUUCAACAUCUCUGCUAGGUAUACUUAUGGGAAGGGGGUCAGCGGCAUAGCAUAUAUUCGAUUUGGAUUGAUCGAUGAAAAGGGUAAUAAGAUGUAUCUUCCAGGCACUGAAAAACAAAUAGCAGUAGAAGAUGGUACUGCAAUAACCGAGGUACUCACUGAGGACUUAAAGACAGCAUCAGAAAAUAACACUCAUGGCCAUAUAGAGGGAUAUUGUCUUUAUAUCGCCGUCUCAGUUUUGGAAAAAGCAAGUGGCAAUCUGGAGGAAGCUGAAAGUUCUUCUGUGAAGAUUGUGACAUCCCCGUAUGUUAUUGAUCUGUCAAAAACCAAGGCAUUUUUCACUCCAGGUGGCAUGUUCUCCGUUUUGGCCACUGCAACUUAUCCAGAUGGCAAAAGAGUCCCAAACUUGAAAUUUACAGCCAUUGUUACAAUAGACGGAUCACCCGAACAGAUUCUGAAAAAUGAGGGCUGGGGAAAUGAAGUGGGAGAUGUAGCCAUGUCCUUUCAAAUACCGGCACAGGCUAAAAAUUUAGCUGUAACGGUAUUUGCAGAGGGAAGUGACCAGGAGGUCAUUCGUAGCGAUAAAAAGAUGACGGCCACUGCAACAAAACCUGAGGGAAACAGCUAUCUUAGUUUAGAAGUGAAGCAUCAAUUCCUACAGCCUGGAGAGGCCUUGAAAGUCACAUUAAGGGACAUUACACCUCAGGGUGCAGCAAAACCCACUUUUAUUUACUAUAUGCUUUGGAGCAAGGGACAAAUUGUGCAGAUGGAAAAGGUGUCUAGAACUGAAAUCACGACUGUUAGCAUUAAUGUCAAUGUGAAGAUGGUGCCUUCUUUCCGCCUGGUCGCCUAUUAUUUUACAGGCUCUUCGCCAAGAGAAAAGAUAGUGGCUGACUCUGUGUGGGUCGAUGUGAAAGAUGUCUGCAAUGGCAGGGUAGAAAUUGAUCCACUACCUGAGAUAAAACCCGCAACAAAGUUUGCAGUGAAAGUCAGAACAGAUCCAGGGAGUAAGGUGGCUCUUGCAGCAGUGGACUCUGCAGUUUAUAUUCUGAACAAAAACAAGCUAAGGCUUCAAAAGGUGUUUGAAUAUAUGAAUUCAUAUGACCUGGCCUGCUCGAUCGGAGGAGGAGAGGAUUCCAGUGCUGUUCUGCAGAGAGCUGGGCUAACGUUCAUGUGUAACUGUGAUACACAAACCCCUUUACCCAGAGAGCAUAAGUGCUACAGCUUGAAACCCCAACCUCGCGUCAGAAGAGCAGCAGACUAUGUAAAAAAAUACAAUGAAGUCGUCAACAGAUUCAAGAACCAUGACAGGAAAUGUUGUUUUGAUGGUAUAAAGCCUAACAAAAUGCACACGUCCUGUGAGGAGCGUCUCAAAAGAGUAAAAGAAUCGGAUAGCUGCCGUAAUGCUUUUAAACAGUGCUGCGAAGCUGCAAAUGAGAGGAGGAAGAGGGAGAAGUUGGAAAACAGAAAAACCAGCCUUGGAAGAAGAGUCACUGACAACAAACUGGACGAAAUUAUGAUUAACGAGGACGCGAUCUACAUCCGUAAAUAUUUCCCACAGUCAUGGAUGUGGACAGUUAUUGAAGCAGAUAGCAAUGGCAUUAUCAGACAUGAUGUAAUUGCUCCUGAUUCCAUAACCACAUGGGAAGUCCAGGCUGUGGGCAUUUCUCUCACAAAAGGGUUCUGCAUUGCAGAACCGAAGCCCCUGAAGGUCUUCAAGGAUUUCUUUUUGUCUGUCAACCUUCCUUACUCCGUGAAGAGAAAUGAGCAGCUUCAGGUCAAAGCAGUUGUGUACAAUUACAAGGAAGAGAGUUUAAAGGUAAAAGUGAAGAUGGAUAAGCAGGAAGGUUUGUGCACUGCUGGCGGGAGUGAAGUGAAGGAGGAGGUCAUGGUUCCUGGGAACUCAGCAGUAGCUGUGUAUUUCACCGUGGUGCCCCUUGUUAUCAGAAAUAUACCCAUCAAAGUCCUGGCUGAAGCCUCAAAUAGUGCUAAUGACGGAGUAGAAAAGCUCCUCCGUGUAGAGGGGGAAGGGGAAAUUGCCACUAUUGACAGAACGUACAGCAUUGAUCCGAAACUGAGGAAAUUAGAGAUUGCUAUUCCAGACCCUGCUGAUGAGAUCCCUGGUGGGAUGGACUCAGAAAUCUCUUUGAGUUUAAAAGGCGGGGUGAUUAGCGAGUCGGCAGAGAACUGUCUAAACCUGGAGGGUAUCAAUAAACUCAUUCAGCUGCCCACUGGCUGUGCGGAGCAAACUAUGGUGAAGAUGUCUCCUGCUAUUUAUGCCAUGAGGUACCUGGAUGCCACCAAACAAUGGUUAUCACUGAAAGCUGAACGCAGAGAUGAGGCCCAAUCAAUGAUCCAAACAGGUUAUAACACAGUCCUCACAUACAAGAAAAGCGAUGGUUCUUACGGAGCAUUUCUAAAGACUCCCAGCAGUGUUUGGCUUACAGCAUUUAUUGCCAAGGAGCUGACAGAGUCUCGGGACAUUAUCAGUGUGGAAGAUUCUUAUAUUCAGGAGUCCAUGUCUUAUCUCAUUUCCAAACAGAAGACCAAUGGUACAUGGGACGAUCCUAAUCAACUGUAUGACAGAGGAAUGAAGGGAGGAGUUGGACAGGCAAAAGAUGAUGUUCCCCUAACUGCCUUCAUCCUUAUUGCAAUGAACCGUGCUUUAAAAGUGUACGAACUGGGAAGCGACACAGAACUGAGAGUAGCAAUGGAUAAAGCAAAGACCUACCUUGAGGGACAGCUGGACGCUUUGAAAAGUCCCUACUCUCUUGCAGUCACAGCUUAUGCCUUGUCACUGCAUGACCAGCGAAGUGCAGGAGCCCAACAAACAUACCGAAAGUUAAAAAACAUCGCUAAUUGUGAAAAAGAAAAGUGUUUCUGGAAUGCCAAGGGUGACAGAAGUAAGGCAGAUAAAGCUAACGCUGCAUCUGUGGAGACUACAGCAUACGCUCUGCUCAGCGCACUGUCCUUGCGGGACAAGAGCACUGCUAAACAGGCUGCGAACUGGCUGAUAGAGCAGCGUAAAUAUGGUGGUGGAUUCCAGUCCACACAGGACACAGUCGUGGCCCUUGAGGCUCUAACAAAAUACAGCAUGCAGAACAAUGAUGUAGAAGACUUAAAUCUGAGGGUGGAGUUGUGCCUUGCAAAUGGCAAUAAACAAGAUUUACACCUGACCAAAUAUAAUGCACUCACUGCAGCAGCUGUUAAGGUCAGAAAUGCUGGUAAAGUUUCCAUAAAUGUUCAGGGAACGGGACGCGGAACAUUAGCAGUUGUGCAGACGUACAGAACUAUGAAGAAGGAUGAAUCGCACUGUGAUCUGUUUCACCUUAGUGUUACAGUGAAAGGAGAGCUGGAAUACAAUAUGUACAAUAAAGAAGAAGAAACAUUUGAGGACUAUUACAAUUAUGGCGAUGAAGAUAAAAAAGAUGAGCCCAUGAGCAGCAUCGAAUGGUUUGAUCUUCGUAGCACUCGUAGAAAAAGACAAAUCUCAGAGGAGCAAAAGAAAGAGAGUUCAGUCAUAUACACAGUGUGUGUGGGCAUGAAAAAGAAGAAUACCGUUGGCAUGGUCAUGGUGGAAAUCUCACUUCUGAGCGGACUAAUACCAAACAGCAAGGAUUUGGAACAUAAUGUAAAAGGCUCAGAAAGGUACAUGGAUCACUACGAAGUCCACCAUAAUAAAGUCUUUCUUUAUUUUGCAAAGAUCACUGAAAGCGAGGAAUGCCUUCAGUUUGGCGCUGAGCAGGUUGUUCCCAUGGGUCUUGUUCAGCCCGCUUCUGCGGUCAUCUAUGACUAUUACAACCCAGAAAAGAGAUGCGGUAUAUUCUAUACAGCCCCUCACAAAAGCCCCAUGAUUUCCAAACUGUGCAGCGGGGAUGUGUGUACAUGUGCUGAAGGUGGCUGUCCAAAGCUGAAAGUCACCUUCAGCAAGGAUAUGAAACAAAACACCCGGACUAGCUAUGCAUGUUUCAGUCCUGUUGUUGACUAUGUCUAUGUGAUCAAAAUUCUCAACUCAAGCACCGAUGACGUUUUUAUGUACUACACCACAGUAGUCACCGAUGUUCUUCAGACUGGGGGGUUAGACUCUGGUGUCCAGAAAGAUGCCACACGUCAGAUGAUACUGAGUUUAUCUUGUCAUGAAAUGGAGAUGAAAUAUGAAACACACUAUCUGAUCAUGGGUCAGGAUGAUGCCGUAUCAGUGCUCAAUAACGACGGACAACAUUUCAGGUAUAUACUGAACAAUGAUAUGUGGAUAGAGAAGAUACCAGAAGAAAAGAAAUGCAAGGCAACCGUGAGCCGCUCUGCCUGCCAUCUGCUUAAUGACUUUAUAAAGCAACACCCCAUUAAACGCUGUGACAUUUAAAAGACAAAAUGGAAAAUAACCACUUCCAACAUCGUUAUUUGGCUCGUUAAAUCAUGUGCUUUUAUUUCUAGUGCAUACUGACAUAUAAAGAGACUGUUACAAGUGUUUGGUACAUUGGAAACUAGAGUCUGAAGUCUGAACUAGAGUCAUUUUAAUUCAGUUUUUCAUUUGUAUUGGCAAUACAGUAGCUUUAAGUCACCCAAGUUACAUAAUCAAAUGGGAAGAAUUCUAUUACAAAAAUGACUUUUGGUGUCACAACUGUCAUUUUUAGGGGUACUUUUAGAGAUGCUACAUCAAGAGUGCAUUAUUGCAGUUUAAAUACUAUAUUUCAAACGCUUCACAUGUUCUGUUAUUGUAAUGCACUGUACAGUUUACAGAAUACUGUAUUUAGUGGCUUAAACAACACUCACACGUGUUUGUAAAACCAGAAUUAUGACUCUAUAUAAUAAAGUACAAAUGCUCUCCUGA